AUUUUUGAGGAUAACGUUCAUUUAACCACUCCUGUAGUGAACGGUUUUAAUAUUUUGCGCUUACGAUGGCCGGUGCUGUGCAGAAACCCAACCAAACGUCAUUCGGUCAAACCUUGGGCAAAGCACACUUCGCACAUCGACCGAUGUCACUCCGCAAAUUUCUAGAACCUUUUGACCAUAGUUCGUUGACGGACUAUGAAGCUGGUGGGAAAUACGCUGCAUACAAGACGAGCUUUGCUAAACAGCAGCUGGAGGACUUUUUUGAGAGGAAUAAGACUCAGGCCUGGUUUCGGGAGAAAUACCACCCGGAUGUUCGACCUGAUCCAGAAUUACAACGUAAUUUGUUCGCACGUCGCUUAGAUGUAUUCAUGGAACUCUAUCGGGCUGGAAAAUUUGACGACCUUUCACUUACCACUUCGAACGAAGCCAAUAUAGUCAAGCUACUGGAUACUGUGGCUGUCAAACUAGCAGGUGGUACUGAAGAGGACGUUAGAUUCAUGGAGGAGUUCAAGUACAUUGAUGUGCCUCAAAAACCAGCCUUAUUCCACUCCUUUUCUAAUCCACCGGUGGGUGGAAACAAACAAACUAAACGGGAAUCACUUUCCGGACAUCCAGCCCAGAGUGAAGUUGAAGGCACUGAACACACAAACAUCCCAGCCCGUAAAACGCGACCCAAACCUCGGAAGCGAAAAGACACACGACUGAAAUCAAAACAUAGAAAUCAACCGCCUAAACAAGAACGGGACAAUGCAUCAAGUGAUGGGAACAGCACCGACGGAAGUUCAAGUAGCAGUAGCAGUAGCAGCAGUGGUGAUGAGAGCAGCAGUGACAGUGAAAGAUCUAGUGAAAGUGAUAGUGGCAGUGACAACAGUUCGCACAAAACGAGUAGUAGCGAAAGUGAUAGCAGCAGCAGUAGUAGCAGCGAGAGUGAAGAGGAGAGUGACGGCAAGAGUGGUAGUGACAGCGGAACAGAGAGCACUCGACAUCGCCGAGCCCGUCCAAAGAUGAGUUCUCGAAGACCUGCCAGACGCAACAAACGUGGUAAAGGCAGGCCCUCAAGACGUUCCGGUGCUAGCAGCGAAAACGGUGGUGACAGUCCAACAAGGACGUCUUUUACACGCGGAAGACCGGCCAGAAAAGAGUCCGAGCAAUCAGUCAAAAGAACCGAACAGGCAGCUGCAGAUGACCAAGCCGGCAAUCGUUCAGACCUGAACGAAUCGAUGCUUGCUGCGGGCGAAGACCAAACCAAUGAAAAUGAACUUGAUCACAUCCCCGUUCAACGACUUCCUCUGCAUUAUACGCGCGUUCUUUACUUCCCACACAUUUCUUUUAAUGUGUAUCAGAAAGAUCUAAUCUCGUUAUUGUCCACUUCGCCACACUUCAUUCGACUGGCUGUCCUAGAUCCGCUUAUCAUGUCUUCUUCGGACAAUCGCUGCGGUCAUAUAAACGAACCUUUCCUUGCCUCGGAACUAAACCCACAAUCCUCCAGUAUAUCACUUCGACGUGUCGGUUGGGCUUCGUUUUCCGCACAAACCGUACAAGCCGAAAGUUUGAUUGAUGUGGAUUUAGAAGAAAUAUGUAGUAACUUACUUCAACAGGCAACCGAAGCACAGGCUCCAGAAGAUUUGCUAGAAUGUCUCCGUAGCGCUCGAGUACUCCCAGACCACUUGAGGAGACCAAAUACCGACCGCGUCCGAUCAACAAGCCAUUUUUUAUCCAAAGUUCUGGACAACUGCCCGGAACGCCUGUAUUCGAAAGCCUUAUUAAGGCGGCACUUAGUUCUUGCAGCUCGUCUAACCGAAGAGCUUGACAAGGCCCGUGGUUUGUGGGGCUCGCAUCCAACUUGUAAACAACCGACCGACACGAGUAUGUCAGAAUCUACGCAGUCCUUGGUUCCACAACCCGCAACAAUGGACACUAGUCAGCUAGGUGAAUCGGACACGGACGAUAUGGAGAAUCCAAAUGAUGCGGUACCUACACGAGAAGAAGCAAAGGCAAGAUCUGCGUCCGAGGCAUUGGAUGCUUUGGCCAAGUCACUUUCUUCACCUCCGGCUAACAAAAAGCCGGCUCCUAUCGCGAUCGAUCCUGGCGAAGAUCUUCUCGAGGCUGCCACCAUCCUAAGUAGCGUGGUCAGUGACAAUCCUUUGUUGACUGGUUUGACAGACUGUCUGGUCGACGAGGGGAGCGCAGAGGAAGAACUUCUUCUUUCAGGAGGAUUUCAGGCGCUUUCGUUUCGUGCGGGUUAUGGUGCUUCCGCUGGCAACAGUUUGGCUACUGCACAGAUGACGUCCAUAGUUCCGUCGGAUGAUACAGAAAUGUUGAAUCUUCUUGAUCGACUCAUUCUGUAUCUCCGAAUUGUGCACUCGGUUGACUUCUAUGCACCAGCUAUCUACACCAACGAGGACGCAAUGCCCCAUCCCUGUCAGCUUAUCCAUGUACGGCCCAGUAAGGCUGAUGUUGGGAAAGCUGCCGCUCGUCAGGAAGUUACGCCUACGCCCCCAGCAGACCUCGAUUCAAUUUUUGCUUGCCAGUUGAAACGAUUGGUCCGUCUGAUACGUCCCUUGGAUGAAACGGAAUGCAAGCGAUUAGGACUAAGAGAUGUGAAUGAGGUUGUCGAAGCAUUUGUGAAGUCAAACACGCGUCGGAAAAAGCGAAAAACAGAUGUCAUAUGGGUGUGUUUACUGUCUGACAAAAAGUUUCGAGAUCCAAUCUACGUGAAGAAACACAUAAUGAACAAACAUCUGGACAAGGUCGAAACGGUGAAAAAGGAUAAUGCCAUAUACUUCAAUAAUUACUUACUGGACCCUAUGAGACCACAACUCCCUCUGGAGCCUCAUCUUCCUCCGAAGAAGCGUCGCUCGGAUUCCAAAACACAUGAAACUCAGCGUCAAUCUAUCAAUGAAGUUACACGCGAAACACUUCGUGAGCGGUCGCAGUCAAGCCCAAGUUGGCAAGGUCCCCAAAGAAGACGUGAAGACAGCUUCAGACAGUUGGACCCUCUUUAUCAACCUAGUAGAGACUAUCUCCAGGCUGGAAAUUUUCCGCCACGUCCAUAUCGGGUGCCCUACUUCCAGCCCAGAUUACCCUUUCAUCCAUACCGCGCGCGAGGCUACGGAGGCAUGCCAAACUAUGGUCUUAUACGAUUAGUGGUGGAGGGUACGCCAUUUCAUGACUUGAGUCCUUUGUUCAAAGACGGUUCUACGACGUCCGUAUUGAACCAAGAAGCUGGGAUCAUUGAAUUGGAUGUGCCACCGAACUGA